AUGCGGGGCCUUCUCCAUCUCCCAGCCCUCCUGGCAUCCCUGGCCUUGCUCCAGUCUGCAGAGUCCGCCGCAAGUGCAAAGCUGGCCAGAGCUGCUGCCAUCUCUGAUGCUGUGAGUCAAGCCAAGAUCCAAGUCAACAAGGCCUUUCUGGAUUCCCGGACCAGGCUGAAGAUGGCCAUGAGCUCCGAGGCGCCCACCCCCCGGCAGCUCUCAGCAUACCUCAAGCACGCCAAAGGCCAGACGCGCAUGGCCAUCCGUUUCGGGCAGGUGUGGGAGGAGUCCUUAAAGAGCCUGUGGCAGAGCAUGUCCUUGACCAACGUCACAGACCCAAGCCUGGACUUGGCUUCUCUCUAUGGAGAGGUGGGCUGUGGGGCCGCCCCUGCCGUGGUGAAAUGCCAGAAGAAAAGCCCUUACCGCACCAUUACCGGGGACUGUAAUAACAGGAGGAACCCCGCGCUGGGCGCCGCCAACCGGGCGCUGGCGCGCUGGCUGCCGGCGGACUACGAGGACGGGCUUUCCCUCCCCUUCGGGUGGACGCCCGGGAAGACGCGGAACGGCUACCUUCUCCCGCUGGCCCGAGAGGUAUCCAAUCAGGUUGUCGGCUAUCUGAAAGAGGAGGGUGUCCUGGAUCAAAACAGGUCCCUACUCUUCAUGCAGUGGGGUCAAAUUGUGGACCAUGACAUGGAUUUUGCCCCUGACACCGAGUUGGGGAGUAGCGAGUACUCCAAGGCCCAGUGUGAAGAGCGCUGUAUCCGGGGAGACAACUGUUUCCCAAUCAUGUUCCCACCCAAAGACCCCAAGAUGAAGACUCAAGGAAAGUGCAUGCCUUUCUUCCGAGCUGGGUUCGUCUGCCCCACUCCGCCCUACCAGUCCCUGGCCCGACAGCAGAUCAACGCUCUGACCUCCUUCCUGGACGCCAGCUUCAUGUAUGGCUCCGAGCCGAGCCUGGCCAACCGCCUGCGCAACCUCAGCAGCCCCCUGGGCCUUAUGGCCAUCAACCAGGAGGUCUCGGACCACGGGCUGCCCUACCUGCCCUUCGACAGCAAGAAGCCCAGUCCCUGUGAGUUCAUCAACACUACUGCAAAGGUGCCCUGCUUCCUGGCAGGUGAUUCCCGAGCCUCAGAGCAACUCCUGCUGGCCACGUCCCACACCCUCUUUCUCCGAGAGCAUAACCGGCUGGCCAGAAAACUAAAGAGACUCAACCCUCAGUGGGAUGGAGAACAGCUCUACCAGGAAGCCCGGAAAAUCCUGGGAGCCUUCGUGCAGAUUAUCACCUUUAGAGACUACCUGCCCAUUGUGCUGGGUGAUGAGAUGCAGAAGUGGAUCCCUCUGUACCAAGGCUACAGUGAAUCUGUGGAUCCUCGAAUUUCCAAUGUCUUUACCUUUGCCUUUUGCUUUGGCCACUUAGAGGUCCCCCCUGCUGUGUUCCGCCUUGAUGAGAAUUACCAGCCAUGGGGUCCAGAGCCUGAACUCCCCCUGCACGCCCUCUUCUUCAACACCUGGAGGAUGGUCAAAGAUGGUGGAAUUGACCCUCUGGUGCGGGGUCUGCUGGCCAAGAAGUCCAAGUUGAUGAUUCAGAAUAAAAUGAUGACGGGAGAGCUGCGCAACAAGCUUUUCCAGCCCACUCACAAGAUCCACGGCUUUGACCUGGCUGCCGUCAACAUACAGCGCUGCCGGGACCACGGGCAGCCUGGGUACAACUCCUGGAGAGGCUUCUGUGACCUCUCGCAGCCCCAGACAAAGGAGGAGCUGGGUGCUGUGCUGCAGAACCCAAAGCUGGCCGAGAAGUUACUGGAGCUCUACAGGACCCCUGCCAACAUUGACAUUUGGAUGGGGGGCAUUGCUGAGCCCCUGGUUUCAGGGGGCCGGGUAGGUCCUCUCCUGGCCUGCCUUCUGGGGAAGCAGUUCCAGCAGACCCGCGAUGGAGACAGGUUCUGGUGGGAGAACCCUGGGGUCUUCACCAAGAAGCAGCGAGACUCCCUGAAGAGAGUGUCCUUCUCACGCCUCGUCUGUGACAACACUCACAUCACCAAGGUCCCCCGGAACCCAUUCCAGGCCAACAGCUUCCCCCAAGACUUUGUGGACUGCUCAGCCAUUGACGAGCUGGACCUCUCGCCCUGGGGCGCAGAGGAGAACUAAGAGCCUGGGGCUCCACAGCCUCCCACACUGUGAAGCCUGUCUGGUCCAUCAUGCCAUUUCAAGCAAGUUAAAAAACCCAGUCCCUUAGGGGGCCUCACCCCCAUCCUGGCCCUUCCUUCCAGCCGGCUUUCUCUAUCCUCGCCAGAUGGACACCUCGCUCAAGUCCACGUGCAGCCACCUCAGCCUUUCCAGCUGUGCACCCUCCCUCCCGCUGCUGCCACCUCCCUCUCCUCUGCCUGUGGAGAUCCCUCUUUCUGGCAAGACUCAGGCCUCGGAGAUGCCCUUCUGGUGUAGCUUGCAGGAUGGAACCCGUCCUGUGCCCUGAGCAAGCCUUGCCUAGGGAUGUGGCCUUUGCACCCUAUCUUCUUUCCUGUCCUCUCA